CCCACAUUUCAACACACUAACACACACACAAAUUCCCCCCAAGAAACUAAAAACAAUGUCUGGUGUUUGGAUGUUCGAUAACAAUGGCGUGAUUCGCCUUGUUGAAAAUCCGGCAGCUCAGAAUAAUAGCACCAACAAGAAAAAGGCUUUAGUCUACUUACCAACAGGCGAGGUGGUGUCGUCCUACUCCUCCCUCGACCAAAUUCUUAGGGGGUUAGGAUGGGAGAGGUACCAUGGCCAUGACCCCCAGUUCCUCCAGUUCCACAAGCAAUCUUCCAUUGACCUAAUUUCUCUUCCUAGAGACUACUCCAAGUUCAACUCCGUUUACAUGUAUGAUAUCGUUGUCAAGAACCCCAAUGUCUUCCAUGUACGUGACAUGUAAGCAUUGCUAGUUUUACUGUUUUGCUAGCUGCAAAUAAUAUAUAUAUAUAUGUAUGUGUGUGUUGCAUGUGUAAGUCUUAAUUUCUUCCUUUAGGACAUGCAUUGGUGUUUAGAGAUGGCUGCAGCUCCAUUUUUGACACUUUUGAUCUUCUUUUCUACUAUGUUUAUAAUGUAAUAAAGUGUGUGAUCGACGUAUUGUAAUGCUCUGUAUGUUCA